AUGGCUAAGGUGUCCGCAGGUUCCAUCGCUGGCGAUGAUCUUGGAGACGAGAGAGUUCUCAAAAAAAGUAGUCGAGGGGCCCGUUUGGAGGUGAUGCCAAUAGGAUUUAUCGUUUCCGUGGCCAUAUUGGAUACGUUGCCUUUCCGUUUCCUCAUUCAGGUCAGUUUAAAUCUGUCGGUGGUGUGCGCGUGUUUGAUGGUGGAUGAGUCCCGGCAUCAACAGCGUCGCUACGGCAGAUUGAGCGAAUCAUCGAGGAGUGAUGACGCUGAUGACAUCCCAAAUCAGGUGGAAAGCUUUGGGCAGAAUUCCUACGGCUGCAAGCCGGAGAAGUCCCGCAAACAGAACAUACGGGAGCUGCGAGACGACUUUGAUUAUGAUCCUGAACUUUACGGAAUAAGGCGUUCUGAGAGGGGUCGCAAGGCGACACGCCUUGAGGUCGAUCACGAUGAUUCUUCAGGCUCACAAUCCCCCGUGGGGCGGGGUUCCGAUCCCUCGGAAUCGGAGUCGGAGGAGGAUGAGAGUUCGUCCGAAAGCAGUUCUGAUCGAAGGCCCUAUCGUGUUAACACUAGUCGGUUUUCGGGUCGGACGCGUGGUUGCAGAGUCAACUAUACUAGCGCUUUCAAAGACGCGAGCGAGUCUGAAGAUGAAGCGUCAUAUCGGCCCCAGAAUGGAAGUUCGACAGACAAUCGCACUCAUCGCGGUCCGGCGGCAGCGAGCCUUAAUAGAAACCAGCACGCGCUGCCUCAGAAACCGCGAGGUCCUCUGAUAAGGAUGUCUGGAAAGGCGCCCGAAAGAUAUUUCAACCCAGAAGUGGCGAAGCAAGCGGACACAUCAGACGCAGAGUCCUACGCACCCCACCACGGGCAAUCGUCAAAUGAAUCGUCGGUUGAGGAUCCACGGCCAGUUCAGGUCGCCUAUACGGCUGAUGAGGCGGUGCAGCAGGAGGUUGAUGUGAUCGAGGAGGUUCUUAGUCAGGCCGUACGUCGUAUUGGCGCUACGGGGAACUCCACAACGUUGUACAACUCUCGUCUUGAGAAGGAUCCGAAUGAGGGCUUUGAUCCAGCGAAGGAGAAAGGUGAAAUUCAGUACCUCAUCAAGUGGCGGUCCUGGAGUCAUAUCCACUCCACAUGGGAGACGGAGGCAUCACUAACUAGCCCCGAUCGGGGUUUUCCUGUUGAUGGUAUGAAGCGCCUCUAUGCCUAUCAGUCGAUGAUUGAAGAAAGAAAGGCUCAUGAGGAGGUGGCUAGUCGAGACGAACUGGAGGCCAUGCUUUAUGAAGAUGAGCGGAACGAGCUUAUACUGUCGGAGAAGAUGGAGGUGGACCGAAUCGUUGCUCACAGUCGGGACAAGAAGAAGGGUACCGUGGACUACUUGUGCAAGUGGCGUCGACUUGACUAUCGUUUCUGCACAUGGGAGUGUGGUCAAGUGAUUGAUUACCUCUUCCCAGAAGCGAUUGAAGCCUAUCAUAGAAGAUGUAGCUCCACCACGCUGCCAAAUUCACGCAAUGUAGCUCUUACGGACCGGCCUCGGUUUGCUCGUAUUCUGGAACAGCCCAGCUAUAUCGGCGGUGGAAGUCCAGACCUGCAGUUGCGUGAUUAUCAGUUAAAGGGUCUCAAUUGGAUCGCGCACGCCUGGACUCGUGGUAACAGCGUCAUUCUUGCUGACGAAAUGGGUCUAGGGAAGACAGUUCAAGCAGUCAGUUUUCUAUCCUAUCUGUUCCAUGAGUAUGGCAUCUACGGACCUUUUCUCAUCGUCGUCCCUUUGAGCACUAUCAGUAGUUGGCAAAAGGAGAUCGAGUUGUGGUCGCCGGGUCUCAACUUGGUUGUGUACGUGGGUGAUCAUAUUUCCCGCCAGUUCAUCCGGGAGCAUGAGUGGUCGCGCGCUGCUGGGGUCGGCGGGCGACGGCAGCAGAUGCUUAAGUUCAACAUCUGCAUGACCACUUAUGAAAUACUACUGAAGGACAGAUCAUGGCUUGGACAGGUUUCAUGGGCUGCGUUGGUGGUUGAUGAAGCUCAUCGCUUGAAAAAUGAUGCUAGCCAGUUGUACAAAGCCCUGUUCGCCUUCGACACCAACACCAGACUGCUGAUUACUGGUACGCCUCUUCAAAAUUCUCUCAAGGAACUAUGGUCCCUGCUCCACUUCUUGAUGCCGAGGCAUUUUGACGAUUGGGAAGAAUUUGAGGACAACUACAGCCUCCAAGGCCAGGCCUCUUCGUCUGCUGGGUACGAGGCCAUCACCCGUCUGCAUCGCACCAUCGAGCCAUUUCUAUUGCGGCGAGUGAAAAAAGAUGUUGAGCAGUCCUUACCUGCCAAAACGGAGCGAAUUCUUCGGGUGGAGAUGUCGAAGAAGCAAGCAACACUCUACCGUCUCAUACUUACACGCAACUACGAUGGUCUCAUGAAGGUCACCCAUGGCCAUAAAACGUCUUUUAUCAACAUUAUGAUGGAGCUGAAAAAGUGCUGCAAUCACGCAAACCUUAUAGCCCCUCUCGCCGGGGAAGACCAGUUUCAGUCGAAUGGGGAAGCUCUUCGGGACCUCAUCAGAGGGAGUGGGAAACUGAUGCUUCUUGAUAAGUUGCUACAAAGGCUCAGACCUCAGGGUCAUCGUGUUCUCAUAUUCAGCCAAAUGGUGCGCAUGCUAGACAUCAUCGCUGAGUAUCUCCAGUUUCGUGGAUGGGGCUUUCAGCGUCUGGACGGCUCGAUUCGCGGUGAGCUGCGAAAACAAGCGCUUGAUCACUUCAACGCUGAUGGUUCCACUGAUUUUUGUUUUCUCUUGUCAACACGAGCUGGUGGUCUCGGCAUAAACCUAGCAACAGCUGAUACGGUUGUCAUCUUUGACUCCGAUUGGAACCCCCAGAACGAUAUUCAGGCACAGGCGCGCGCACAUCGUAUCGGGCAGACAAAACAAGUCUCUGUCUAUCGAUUGGUUGUGAAAGACUCGGUUGAAGAAAAAAUUAUUGAAAGUGCCACCCGAAAAAUGUUGCUUGAUCACUUGGUUAUCCAACGUAUGGAUUCCGCAGGCAAUCGUGGUGGUGGGAGUGCUCGAAAGUCUGAUGCAAAGGGCCAAAUUCUUACUGAAAUCCUACGCCAUGGUGCUGAGAGCAUCUUCAAGCAAAAUGACGAGGAAACUGCUGAGGUAGAGGUCGAUAUCGAUGACAUUCUGAAUCGUGCUGAAACGAGAGAUGCCGAUGUGGAGGAGGAUCCCUACAACCCAGCCAAUGUUCUUCUCUCCACGUUCAAUGUCGUAACCUUUGAUCAGUCGGAGCAAGAGGACGCAAAGCCAGUUCAUAUUGAUUCCUCAGGCAAGUCGGCCAAAUCCUGGUCGGAAAUAAUUCCUGAGGAGAUGCGGGAGAACUUGAAGCAGGCGGAGAGUCAGGAAGCGCUCCUCGACCUUGAAUUGGGGCCUCGACGGCGGAAACAGGUGAGGACCUUCCAGGCCGGCUUGGAUAACGACAAUUACUCGAGCAGUAGUCCUUCUGGUAGCGAUCGUAAUGGCAAGAGGCUCAUUCGAUUGUCAGAUAAGGAGGUGCGUGCGCUUGUUCGGGCGAUGAAGCGGUUUGCUCGUCCACUUGAGCGCAUAGAGGCAAUUGCCGCAGAAGCUGAACUGCCUUCUCGAACGAAUGAUGAGGUGCGCGAAGUAGUGGAGACAAUAAUAAAUGGCUGCAAGGCUGCAAUCGAGUCAGCUCCAGAGGAAGAGGACAAUUUGAAACAGAAGGGCCCGAUGUACUACUAUGGAAAGGUUGCAAUUGCUUCAAAGACUCUGCUUCUUAGCCUAAGUCACCUGGAGAUUUUACAUAAAGUGCUCCCAAAGACCUCGAAGGAGGAUCGGUUGAACUACGAUCUUCCAUUUCCUACUAGAGACGUUAAUUGGUCUACCCCAUGGAGUUCUACGGAUGACGCUCAUCUUCUCGUUGGUGUGUACGAGCACGGCUAUGAUAAUUGGGAGGCUAUAAAGCUGGACUCUGACCUUGGUCUUGGUUCAAAGUUGCUUCCAUUAGCUGCAAAUGAACGACCUCAGGCAAGCCAUGUCCGCGCGCGAGUCGAGUAUCUGCUCAAGGCGCUGAAGAAGCACUGCGCCAAAGACAGCUGUGAGGACUCCCAGAAAGGUGCUCUUCGUCGUCGUCACAACAAGUCCUCUAAAGAACAUAAAAAGAAACACUCUAAACGUCUUUCAGGUUACGCUCAUUCCAAAGAGUCUUCCAGAUCAAGCGUGAAACCCAAAUCAGCAGAGUUUGUUGAGUCUGACGAUAGUUCCUCCGGUUCUGAUGGGGGUGCUGGUGAUGCGGAUGCGCCUUCGAUUUCAGCUGUACCACCUUUGCGCAUAAAAAAGACACCCCAGAAACGGCAUUUAAAAAUUGAGAAUGUCGAUGAUCGACCACCAAAGAAGAAGGCUAAAUUGAAUGAUGAGAAGAUGAAGCAUGAACCCCUUCACUGCACAUCAAAUCGGAAUCCAACUUCCUUUACAAAGCAAGAGGAGGAGGAGUUCCGCCAAAUGCGUGGUUCACUUUUUCUCAAAUGUAAGCAACACCUUCAUCCCAUCAAGAAACUGUUUAAGCAAUUGGAGCACCUGGAGAAUCAUGGUAUUACCGAAGGUGAAAAAUUUAAUAUGGUGAUACUUGGCAUCGGCGAGCAUAUCCGCUCUUUGGUUGGAGAUAUCGACGACAGAGAAGAGCGUCAUACCUGGAGGCAUCUUUACUGGGAGUUUGUGCAGAAUUUCUCUGAAAAAGAUGCAUUGCAGUUGGAACAGGCCUAUAGUGUGGCGCGAAAGAGCGAGUGGUUAAAACAGGAGGCAUCCUCCAGUAGGUCCUACGAAAGAAAUCGGGAUGAGCAAGAUCGUAAGGCUCACGAUCAUCGGCACCAUCGCCAUCGGCAGCGAACACAGGAGGGUCAACACUCGCAACACCGCGACGAUCCCAUCGGUGGCAGAGAUGGCAGUAAGUCAACCGACCGCCAUCGUAGUCGCUCUCACCAUCGUCAUGGCGGCGAUGCAGUGAGAACGGAAAAUCUGAACGCUAGUAGUGGUGUUGUAGGGGGCAGUGGCAGUGGUAGUGGUACUGUCCAUCGUAGUUCCUCAUCUGGUACUGUUGAUAAACGAUACGGUGGAGACUGGUCCAACCGUAGAAACUUCAACAACACAACUGAAAGGUCGUUGAAGCACCGCAUUAAUCGGAAUGAUUGGUCUGGGAGCUCAGGGAAUCUCAAAACUGAUCGGUACAACAAUGCGUUCAAUCGACCCAGUCCUGGUUUCUCUGAUGCUUUCAACAACCCCAGCAUGCAUAAUCUCCAUGGCUCCCGCGAACAUAACCUGAAUUCUACCUCCAGUAGCAUUCCCCCACCCUAUUCCUUCCAGCCUCCAUCCUCGCAGUUUUCUUGGCAGGAACAAAAGUCGGCCCCGUUGCUCUCCUCUCCGCCUUCUAUGAGUGGCAGCAGCAUCAUUCCUCCACCAAUUGUGUCACCACCUUCCUCCUCGUCAUCUCGCGAUCCCCGCUCGUGCGAGUUUGACUGCCUCCGAGAGCCUACUGAUAUUUCCAGCCUUGGCAAUCAACUUCAAAUCAUUGCAAAUGCAUUUACACCACAGCGAGUAAUCAAUAACAUCGAUUUAUCGACAUCACCAGCCCUAGAUCAACUCACGUCUGAAAUCAAUUUACUGCAACAGGGUCACAAAGUCGACACGACAUUGGAGAAUGGAGUCAUUCCACUACACUCGAAUCUACACUUUCACACGGGAUAA